AUGGCGUCUGCUAUCUACUUUUGUGAUAACAAAGGUAAACCACUUUUAUCACGUCGUUACAAGGACGAUGUGCCACUAUCAGCCAUCGAUAAGUUUUCCACUUUGCUUCUAGAGAAUGUGGAACAAUCUAGUAUAAUACCACCAUGUAUUUCUCAUAGCGGAAUUGAUUAUUUAUUUAUACAGCAUAAUGAUCUGUACGUCGUUGUUUUGGCUACUUCUUUAAGUAUCAAUGUGGCUACCAUUUUUACAUUCUUACACAAACUAGUAGCUGUGUUAGAAGAAUAUUUGAAAACUGUGGAGGAAGAAUCUAUCCGAGAUAACUUUGUCAUCAUCUAUGAAUUACUGGAUGAAAUGAUGGAUUAUGGUAUCCCACAAGUCACAGAGACUAAGAUGUUAAAGAAAUAUAUCACACAAAAAUCUUUCAAAUUAGUGAAAGCACAUAAGAAAAAGUUGAAUGCUGCAAGACCACCAUCAUCAUUGACCAAUUCCGUUAGUUGGAGACCGGAGGGGAUUAAAUAUAAGAAAAAUGAAGCUUUCUUAGACAUUGUGGAAUCUAUCAACAUGUUGAUAUCACAGAAUGGGCAGGUCAUUAGAUCGGAAAUCCUUGGUACUGUUAAAGUGAAAUCUAGAUUAUCUGGGAUGCCUGAUUUGAAGUUAGGUAUCAAUGAUAGGGGUAUUUUUACCAAGUACUUAGAAGGAAAUGAUAUAGGCACAACAUCUUCAAAUGGUGAUAAGAAAGGCAAAGGACAUGAUUUAAAUAAAAACGAAAGUUCCAUUACUAAUGAUGGAAGAAAAUCUAAAAGUAACAUUGAAUUAGAAGACCUGAAAUUCCAUCAGUGUGUCAGAUUAAGCAAAUUUGAGAAUGAAAAAAUUAUUUCUUUUAUUCCACCUGAUGGCGACUUUGAUUUGAUGAGUUAUAGAUUAACCACUUCUAUCAAACCAUUAAUUUUAUGUGAUGUGAAAGUUCAAACAUAUUCAAAUUCCAGAGUAGAAAUAUUUUGUAAAACUAAAGCACAAAUUAAGAAAAAGUCCGUUGCUACUAAUGUAGAAAUAUUAAUACCUGUUCCUAGUGACGCUGAUACCCCAUCCUUCAAAUAUUCACAUGGUUCAAUUAAAUGGGUUCCAGAAAAGAGUGCAAUUUUAUGGAAAAUUAGAAGUUUCCCAGGUGGGAAAGAAUAUUCCAUGAGAGCUGAAUUGUUACUACCAUCAAUAUCUGAUAUAAAUGAUACAAAGGUUAAGAAACCAGUACAAGUAAAAUUCCAAAUACCAUACUUCACAACAUCAGGCAUACAAAUUCGUUAUUUGAAAAUCAAUGAGCCAACAUUACAAUAUAAAAGCUAUCCUUGGGUUCGUUAUAUAACACAGAAUGGGGAUGAUUAUACAAUAAGGAUCAACAAUAGUUAG